UGAGUUUUAGAAAGUUAAUAAUUCUAGAAAAGCUUAAUUCGCGCCAGUUUAAACCGAACUCUUGUUGAGUACAGUACAAAAUUAUCUUGUUAUAGAAAAACCGACAAAUAAAAAAAUUAAAAAGGAAAACAAAGGAUUAUUUUGAUUUCAAAAAAUUUUAAUUUAAACAAUAUCAACCAUAACACGCCACAAAGGAUCUAAAUAAUAAAAAGAAAAACUAAAACAAAAAAAAAAUUAAAAAAAAAAUAAAAAGUUCAAGAGAAAAGUUUUGUUGUAUAAAAAAAUAAAAAAAAAAAAGAGAAUUUUCAAUAAGAAUGGAUCAAGCACAGGAAAAACAAGAGAAACAAGAAAAACAAGAAAAGCAAGAAAAACAAGAAAAACACCAUCAUCAUUCGCAUCAUCACCAUCUUCAUCAUGGUAACAAUAACAGAGUCAGUAAAUAUGUCAUAAAUACAGAAAAAUCUGGUGAACUUACUGUUACGGUUCAGGGCGAUUUAUCACAACAAGAGAAACGUGCAGUAUUUAUAACAGUUCAUGACCUCGGAUGCAAUCAUAAUGCAUUUCAAGAGUUCGUCAACAGUCCAUGUAUGACGGAAAUAAAAGAACGUUCAUGUUUCAUACACAUCGAUGUACCAGGCCAUGAAGAUGGUGCUGGAACCUUACCGGAUAGUUUUGUAUUUCCAUCGUUACAAGUUCUUGGUGAAGAUUUAGUUACCGUAUUGGACUUUUUACAUGUUAAAUUUGUUAUCGGCCUAGGUGAAGGUGCUGGUGCUAAUGUUUUAGCUCGUUUUGGUUUAGCACAUCCAACACGUGCACUUGGUUUAAUUUUAAUUAAUUGUACAGGAAGUGCAGCUACAGUUUUGGAAACAUUUAAAACCAAAUUCAUCAACUGGUCAGGAGAUCAAGUUGCUCAUUCAGCUGAAGAAUUUUUAAUGUAUCAUAAAUUCGGUCAUCAAUUGGUCGGUGAUAAUCCUGAUAAGGAAAAAAUUGUUACUGAAUACCAAUCACGUCUUCGUGAAUCACUCAAUAACAAAAACGUUGGACUUUAUGUUAAAGCCUUUAUGAGCCGAAAAGAUUUACCCUUAAAAAAUGCUAAACUUGAUAUUUUGUUGAUUACUGGAAUGCUCAGUCCAUAUGCAACAGUUGUUGAAAAAUUACAUCGUGAAGUUGAAAAAGAAAAAGUAACCUUGUUAAAAGUUGAACGUGCUGGUGAUGUUCUUGCAGAUGCUCCAGCAAAAGUCGCACAAUCGAUUUUAUUAUUCUGUAAGGGUCAAGGUCUAUUAACAUCAGUUAUUAUGCCUGGCGUAGAUCGUUCAAGAGCAUUUUCAACAAGUUCUGGUGGAUCAUCAGAUACUUCACCAAAUGGUGGACCACCACCAUCUGGACCAACUGGCAGAUUAUCACGUGGAAUGUCCAUGGAAGAAUAUGAUAAACCAAAUAUCCGACGACUCAGUAUCACUGCUAAUAGUGAUUUACCACCACUUAGAAAACUUGAAUCAUCUAGGAAUACUUCUGAUCAUCAAUUAUCAAAAUUACCACCUCUCCCACCAAUACAUUCGCACAAAGAAUAAAAUAUUCAAAAACAUAAAUGUAAUUUGAUUAUAAAAAAUUUUAUAGAAAAGUUAUUGGAAAAAAACAACAUACAAUAUAUACAUAUUAAAUUAUAUAAUAAAUUAUAUAUAUACACACUUCAAUACAUAAAAUAUAAUACUAAAGGUUUCCAAAAUUACAAAAAAAUAAAUAUAUAUCGUAUAUACAUACACAUAUACAAUAGUAUUGGAAUUAUUAAUUACAUAUAAUAUAUUUACUUACUUACUUCCUCCACAUGUUUUAAUAAAUUUUCACACUUCUUUAAAUACUCAAUAUUUUCGACACUUUGCAAUCAGUUAUGUGCUUAUGACCAUAUCAGGUUUUUCUCUUUUAUUCAGACAUUGAAAGUUACAUAAUAUAAAACAAUUUGACAAGAAACUAAAUUACUUAAUAACAUUAAUUUAAUUACGAGAAUAACUAUACAUAAUGAAUUCGUAAAUUAUAAUCAAAAAAGGCGAGAGAAUUUUUUCACUUAUUUUCAAUAUUUUAAUUAAUUAUAAUUUUAUAGACAAAUUCAUCUAAAUCUAAAUAACAAAUUUAGAACGCUUGAAUUUCGAAUAAUAAAUUUUUAAUUUUUAUUCUUUAUUAACUUUAUUAUUUGAAAUAGUAUAAAAAUUUCAUAAAUAAAGAGCAUUCGCCGACUUUACUUUUUGCUAAUAAUAAUAAGAGAAUUAAUUCAAAAGCAUUAUGUAUUUGAAUUUUUCUUCUUAUUCUUAUAAAUUUCAUAAAUCACCUCUUUUAAAAAUUUAUAACAAACAAAAGUAAAUGACUAGAACUAAGGACCUGAAAAAAUCCUGGAUUCGUAUAGGCCUACAAAAUAAGUUCGUAUAGGUCUACAAAAUAAAGUUAAAAAAUUAAAAAUAAAUAAAAAAGUUCAUAAGUCAAAUUCUCUUUAUUAUUUCGGCAAUUUUGCAAAAUUGUCAUGCCAUCUAUACUCAUUCAUUAAAACAAAA